AUGUAAAAUUUAAAGCACACAUGCACACAAUAAGCAACCGCGUACUCUGCGCCCUCUAUGCCUGACAUUGCAACAUGAUGUUUCCUGGAUUGGCAGAAGUUCAAAUGGCUCCUGGAUUGCCGGAAGUACAAGCGGCUCCUGGAUUGAUGAAAGUUCAAGCAGCUCCUGACUGGAUUGGCGGAAGUUCAAGCGGCUCCUGGAUUGGUGGAAAUUCAAGCGGCUCCUGGAUUGCCGGAAGUUCAAUCAGCUCCUGGACUGCAGGAAGUUCAAGCAGCUCCUGGAUUGGUGGAAGUUCAAUCGGCUCCUGGAUUGCCAGAAAUUUAAGAUGGGCCGCAUUCAUAUCCAUCCUGGGCCACAGGUUGUACACCCCUGCUAUAGACAUAGGGGCAGCAUCACACUGCUUCUGUAAUAAGUCAAACUUCUUGAGGGAGAUGGAGACUAGACCAGGGGAAAGCAGCUCUUUUAACAGCCUCCUCUGCAAACUCACUUUACUAGAGGAAAUAUCUAUAACUCUAAUAGGGAAAAAAAGUGCUAGCAGUGGCACCACCAUGUGAAGUCAGCCGGUAUUAUUACUCCCAGCUGCAUAACCCAGUUCCCCAUAAUUCAAUACCUGAUUAGUAUGCAGCUCUGGAUGUCACAAUAAAUACAUCUCCUUGCACGUUAUACCCUACCUAAAUACAAAUACCUCAGUCACUUGAGCUCCUGGCCGUUCCAGCUUUACAACUACAGCUCUCACAAUGCACCACUGCUGCAAUCAUUUUAGAAGCGCAGCGUGUGUAUUGCCAGGGAGAUCGCCAAAAUCACUCGUCUAGAACAACGUCUUUACGUCCACGCUCGGCUUUUCGAACGCAUCCGUAGAACUACAAUGCCCAGCAUGCGUCGCGCCCCCCGGAAGUAGUGGUUGUGAGGGAAGCCGAUUGGGUAGCUAGGAGUGAGCGGAGAGCUGUUGUUGAGUGUCUCUCAUGCGUCCCCAGUUCCUAGGGUCUGUGUAUGAAGGACUCCCUGAGCAGAGAUAACCUUUUACACCCAGAAUGGCAGCAAGAAAAAAGAAAGGAAUUUUAGAUUCUAUAGAUGAUGACCUUGGAGACCUUCUUAAAGAUGAUGAACCAACUCCGAUCAGAGCACGCAAGCCGUCUCCUAUGAAUUCUGCUUUUCCAAACAAACCCCAUUCCCGCAUUACAUCCAGCACUCACAAAAGUUCUCCACUCGAUGACACUUUCUUCAGUCAGCUGGCUAAAGAGGCGGGAGAGGAGUCUGAUGUGUCGGAGGCUGAUCCCCAGGCCCUGCUUGAUGCCAUGAAGGACAUGGAUGAGCUAGACGCAGAAAUAUUUGGAGGGAGGAGGCUGAAAUCUGCCCCUGCAAAUGAUUCUGGGAUGAGCCGAAGUACUGGCCUGGAGCUGAAACCAGAAGAGAAGGCAAUAGAAAACAAGCGGGGGCAUUCUGCUCCAGAAAGUGAAAGAAAAAUCAUAUCAUCGCCAGCAGCCCGGCCCUAUAAGAAGUUUUCACUUGAAGAGGAUGCCCAGCUUCAGGCACCACUGGAAAGGACAGAUCUUAAUGAUCCCCUUGCAGGGAUUUUAUCUGAUGAAGAUGAUGAUAUUGACAAAAAGAUCAAAGGACGGGGAUCUAAAACUACUGAGAAGCCAAAAUCUGCUCCAGAAUCCGUCCCGAUAAAGAGCUCGGAUAAUCUUCCCAUUAGCCCAGCAAAACCCUCUCCAGCCACCCCUAAAAAGGAUGACUUUAACUUUGGCGAGGAGACCGAUGAUCUCAUGGAUGCCCUUGGAUUUGAGAACAGUCCUGAAAGAAACCGGGCAAAGGAAAGCUCUGCCCCACCUCCUGCCCGAUCCAGGCUAGAUGAACUUAUGGGUAGAGGGACUGCAGCCAAACUUCUGGAAAGACCAACCACUGGGGAGCGAAAAGAAUUUAAACUCGAUCCUAAAUACCAAAAACAACCAGAGAACCAGAAGAUGCCAGAUGAUGACUUUAACUUUGGUUCGUACCAACCUACUGUCACUGCCACCUACAGUCCUGAGGGGCGACCAUCUCGCAGGGCAUCUGUCAGAUUCUCUGCAGAUGGCAACGACAAUUUGAAAUCUGAAGGAAGGUCUCGCUCCAGCACCCCAGCAACGACAAGUCCAGCCAGAGGAGAGAAGGGUGGGGCAGACUGGCUAGGAUUGAAAGAUGAUGAUGCUGGUAUUGCAGAUUUGGCACCUUCAUUACCUGUCAGAGAUCCACCCCGGUCUGCAGGUGUUACUCCAAGUUCAGGCGGACGUCCAACAUCUGGAAAUAAAAUUAUGGACAAACCUACAAACCAACCUAGAAGUGGGCUACAGGAAGCAGUCUCAGUAGUGCAGGAUGAUGAUGAUGGGUGGCUGGCCUCUGCCCUUUCGCAAAAAAAGGCACAAAAACAGGAAAUGGAGGAAAAAAGCAAGAGCCAAGUCAGAGAGGGAAUCCUUAUUGGGAGCAGUCCUGCAGCUAUCCCACCACCCAACUUACAGCAGUCCACCAUUAAUAAAAGCAUGAAAGAGGAUGGUAUGGUAAAUGCUGACAUUUCUGGGUCUCCCAAAAGAGUCUCUACGUUUGUGGCUCCCAAACAAGAGGAAACCAUUCAGACAGCAUUUACCACCCCAUCUCAAGAGCAUCGCACAGCCAGAACUUCGCUGCUGCUUAUACAUCCGUUGCUUUCCCAUCAGCAGACAGUGGUCUCACGGGCAGUAGAAAGAAGAGCACGAGAUGGGGAUGUCGAUUUUAACGGGGAUUUCCUGCAGUCACAGAACCGAGUGAUGGACCUGGAGGCACAGGUCAGAAAGCUGCAGCUGGAGAAGGACCAACAGAACCUGAUACUAGAAACCCUGCGUGAGAGACACCAGGAGGAUAUGGAGCUGAUAGAGAGCACACAUCGGAGCCGCCUAAAACUGGUGGAAGACUCUGCCCGGCAAAGAGAAGAGCGCCUACGCCUUGAAAACCAGGAAUUGUCUGCUCAGUACCUAUCUAGGUGCCAAAGCACAGAAACCGAGAAAGCAGAACUGCUGGGGCAGUAUCAAAAAAAACUGACUGAAUUCCAGCAGGAGAAGGAACAGGAGCUGGAGCGAAUUCGCGAACUGCAGAGAGUGUCUGUCCAGGAGAUGUGCAGAGACCAUGAGGAGCAGCUGCAGAGGCUCAAGCGGCUAAAGGAGCAAGAGAUUGACGCAGUGACUAGUGCUUCCUCCCACACAAGAUCACUGAACACAGUCAUUGAACAAAUGGAGUCGUUCUCCUACAAGCUAAGUGACCUGUCCCACAGAGUAGAAAGCACUCAGCAGACUACUUCUCAGGAACUCGAGACAGGAGCAAGACAGAGAGAAGGGCAGCUCAGAGCACUCCAGGAGCAACUGAGCCAUCAACAGAAAGACAUGGAGCAAGAACGAAACCGUCUCCGUAUGGUAAUAACCAACAUGGAGACACGGCUAACUGAGCAAAGCCGUCUCCUAGAACAGGAACGUUGGAGGGUCACCUCAGAACAAGUUAAAGUAGAAUCAUUGCAGCGUUCACUGGAAGAGCAGAGGAGAGUCAUGACGCAGCAAAUGGCAAUAGAAAGAGAAGAGCUGGAAAGGGCGAAGAGCACUCUCCUGGAGGAACAGCAAUCUGUCAUGUCUCGCUGCGCAGAGGAGCGCCGAAAGCUGGCAGCAGAGUGGUCCGACUUUCAUAACCAGCAAAAGCUAAGCAAGGAACGAGCAGAGAAAGAAGCAAACAGGGCCAUUAUGGCAGAAACUCAGAGGGAGGGGGUCAUUAUAAAUUUGGCCAAGGAGCAGGCAGACUUAAAGAUAAAGGCUAGUGAGCUGCUCAACAAAGACGAACAGCUGGUUAUAGCCCGCGAGGCUAUGGAGAAAGAAAGACAAGACCUCCGCUUGGAAAAAGAAAGGAUUAAUGCAUCUGCUUUGCGUGUGCGACAGCGUGCUGAGGAAAUAGAGAGCAUGAGCAAGUUGGCAUCACAACGCUAUGAGGAGGGAGAGAAAGCUCUAGCAGAGGCCCACAAAGUGGAAUCUGAGCACCAGGGCCGUUUAAGGGCAAUUCAACAGAAACUGGAAAUUCUGCGACAACAGGAGGAACAUAUUCACCAGGAGCGUCUGAGCCUGGCACAGCAGAGAAGACAGUUAACCCAACUCCGGCAAGAGCUUCCCACUGCCAGCGUCCUGCUAACUGCCAGACUCCCAGAGCCUGCCCUGAUGGCACAGAAUGUGAAACCCACUGCAAGGGCUGUCGGGAUCCCAGCAGCACUGCAGGAAAACAGCAAACCACAAAUAACCGAGUUCCAUGCCAAACUUGCAAUGCUCAAGAUGUCUGCGCAGCAGGACAGGGACUUUCUGGAAGAAGAGCAGCUGUUCUUGGAAACUCUCGGGAAACCCAACUUGCCCUGGUCACAAGCCGUAUGAUGCAAGAAAACUGCACAUACAUGCCACAAAGGGGGAGUUAUCCCUAGCCCCAACCUGUGUACAGCCAGAAACACACUAUGAAUGCACGUUUAUAUAUAAGUGAUUUUUAAUAUACAUUUUUAUAUACAUUUACAUCUUUUUUUUUAUACAUGAGAAAUAAACAUACAUUGAUUUGCUAA